AUGGAAGAAUGGAUGCUGUCGACUUGCCUGGAGAAGCUGUUUUCAGGAGAUUUGAUGGAGUGGAUGCGGGGGAGAAAAGGAGGGGCGAACACAGAGGAAAUGAGCAAAAAUUUGAAGUUUUACUUGCUGGCGGCUAAAAGCUUGUACUAUGAUGCUGAAGAGAAGCACAUCACUAGCUCCGACGGCAAGGCUUUGGUUGCUGAGCUGCAGGAGCUUCUGUACGACGGAGAGGACGCCCUGGAGACCAUCGAUUUUCAUGACGUCCAAUCCAAACAGAGAAAGGAACAAGGCAGCAGCGCGAUCCAGGUAUUCGACUACUUGUCCCAACUCGUCUCUCCUUUCGGUAAAAAGAUAGAACCUGAGCUUGUCAAGACCAUUAAUUGUUUGGAAUGUAUUCUCAAACUCAAGAACAUGUUUGGUUUCAAAGAAGGUGCUGACAGUAUUAGACCUCUCCGGAGGAUACCCUCAACCUCUUUUGUUGAGGAAUCUAAGCUUUAUGGCAGAGAUUCUGAUAUUGAGGCCAUUGUUGGUUGGUUGCUCUCUGAUGAUGAUGAUGCUGAUGCUGAUGCCUGUGGCACUAAUAAGUUUGCACUCAUAGUGGGCCCUGAUGGGAUUGGCAAGUCUGCUCUUGCUCAAUUCGUCUUCUCUGAUGAUCGAAUUAACGCCCACUUUGACCUUCUGCUCUGGGUCCCUGUGUUAGAUGACUUUGAUGCUCUCAGAAUGACUAGAACACUUUUGGAGGAGCUCACUUGCCAACCCCCCUGUAAUCCGCUGGAGGAGGAUGCAUCCCGACUUCAAGCUAGAUUGAAGGAUGCUUUGGCCGGCAAGAAUUUCCUACUUGUUCUGGAUUCUAACUGCAACCGCAAUCCUUUUGAUCCACAUGCCCUGGGGAUUCUUUCUGAGUUUGGAGGUAGUAGGAGUAAGAUCAUUAUGACCGCUUCCACAUGUCCUGAACCUGUGCUGAUGCCUACCUUCACAAUUAUUCACCUCCUCAACCCCAUUUCUCAUGAUGAAGAUUGCUGGAAGCUAUUCGCCGAGCGCAUCUUUCAUGGCGUCGCCACAUCCUCACAUUUUCCUCAGUAUCUGGAAAUAGUUGGCAAAAGGCUUGUUAGCAAAUGCCAAGGCAAUCCCUUCGCAAUCAAAUUGAUUGGCUCCAUUUUGCGGCUUGAACCCAAUCCUGAGGAAUGGGACAGGAUUCUAAGCAGCCCAAUAUGGAAGCGGUCUGAAAGGGAGAGUGAUAUUCUUCCUGCUCUAUGGUUCAGCUACCUUUCCCUUCCUCAACAUCUCAAGCGAUGCUUUACUCACUGCUCAAUAUAUCACUGUGGUUAUGAAUUCCAGAUGCAAGACUUAAUCUUCUUGUGGAAUGCAGAAGGGCUUCUGGAACCUCAAAAUGGGAAGACCAUCGAACAAGUUGGGGAAGAGUACUUCCAUGAUCUGAAAUCGAGGUCCUUGAUCCAUCAAUCAAGACAAAACGAAUCCUAUUUCACCAUGCACUGCCUUGCGAACAAUUUGGCUACAUCGCUGUCAGGACAGUUCUGUUUGAGGCUGGAGAACAAUAGCUCCUUCACCCCUGUGCGCAAGACUCGUCAUCUGUCCUAUAAGAGACGAGAGAUUCAGGACGUCAAGAAAUUUGAGGCUUUGUCUGAAAGCAAGCGCCUGCGCACAUUCCUGCCUUUGGGACCCAUGGAGGACAACAAAACAUUCAAAUGGGACCGCUCAGUGCUGACAAAGUUGUUCCGAAUUCUGACAUACUUGAGAGUGCUUUCUCUGUCCAUGUAUCCUAUCACCCAGUUGCCUGAUUCCAUUGGCAUGUUGAAGCAUCUAAGAUACUUGGACUUGUCUUAUACUCAGUUGCAAGCGAUACCUGAUGUAGUUUGUAGUUGCUUUCACCUGCAGACUUUACUAUUGGUAUGCUGUACCGCUCUUGCUCGACUGCCAUUCCUUAUGAGGCACCUAACCAAGUUACGCUGCCUUGACACUACAGGCACGCCUCUGGUGGAGAUGCCUCCGCACAUGUCCGCUUUGAAAGACCUGCAGACGUUAACCAAUUUUGUUCUGGGCAAGGCCAAUGGAUCUCGCAUCAAGGAGCUUCAGAAUCUUCAAUUGUGUGGAAGACUUUGUAUUUCAGGGCUCCAAAAUGUUAUUGUUGGGGAUAUUUUGCAGGCCAAUUUAGAGGGUAAGUUGCAGCUAACCGAUAUAUGUUUCAAAUGGGAUGGUCCCGCUGACAAUUCAGAAGUCGAACUUCAAGUCCUUGACAGCCUCCGGCCUCCCAGGAAGGUGGAGAAAUUAUCUGUCUGCUCUUAUCGAGGUACCAGAUUCCCUGAAUGGUUUGGAAAUGCUUCAUUUACCAAUUUAUGCUGCAUCUGUUUAAGCGAUGGUGAAAACUGUUUUCAAUUGCCUUCGCUUGGCCAGUUACCUUUUCUCAUCAAGCUCUACAUUAAGGGGUUUGGUAAGUUGGCAGUCAUAGGCAAGGAGUUUUAUGGUUCAGUGGCAAAUCCAUUUCCUUCCUUGGAAAUUUUACACUUUGGCGAUAUGCCAGAAUGGCAAAUAUGGUUGCUUCUGGGAGGUGGAGCUUUCUCUUGCCUUAGGGAUCUUUCUAUGAUAGAGUGUCCCAAAUUAACUGGCAGCAUACCUAAUACGAAAGGUACUCUCAGAAUUGAGGGAUGCCCUAGAUUACAGAUUUGA